AAUUUUAAUAUUCAUUCAGAUCCACAACAUAUAAAUAAAAUCAAAGCAUCUUUAAGGUACAAAAAUUGAAAUAAGUUUUUUAUAUUAAACACUAACUGAAAACAGGCUCAAACUAAGCGUGAUUUGUUUUUCGAUUUCCAAUGUAUAAAAAUUCAACACUCCAAAAUUCUUCGAUCGCAACAAAUUGACUGAAAGUUUCACUAAAAUGAUAAAUCCUGUAGCAUCGGAAGCAAUAUUCUCUGCGACGUAUGUCGACAAUUACAUUGAUUCCGUUGAGAACCUUCCUGACGAUGUCCAGAGGCACCUAUCACGAAUUCGUGAUAUCGACGUGCAAUAUCGAAGCCAUCUUCGAGAUGUUGACUACUAUUACGUGCAAUGGAAAAGCUUCACAACUUCCUCCGAAAAUUCUACCAAUCGAAGAGCACGAGCUAUGGCAAGAAUGCAACAGAGUCUCAUUUCCGCUCAAGAGCUGGGCGAUGAGAAAAUGCAGAUUGUAAAUCAACUCCAAGAAUUAAUUGACCAAAAAACUCGACAAUUAGACUCUGAUCAGAAGAACCUCGACUACGGAAAGGAAGAACAACUAAUGCAUGAUCUCCCACAAAAGGUAACAAGAACUCUAAGUCCCGUUCCCCUUCAAGCCACUAUUCCGUCGGCGAACAAAAAUGAAAGUGCGUUUGUAAAUGCAAUUAUAAGUAGUGGUUUGGUGGCAGGAGGACAGGGGUCGGGAAGCAAUACUCCCACUUCGUCUCUCCAAGCCCCAGAUCGCGCAAUAACAAACCACGGUGUAGGCGUUAGCAAUAUGAGCAAUUGCAAUGAUUCUCGCUCCAAUAAGCGAUCUCGACGACCCCGUAACGAAAACAACAACAGCAGCAGUGCCAUGGAACUCGGUGGGAACGAGUCAAACUCUGCUAAUGAAGGUGGUGGCCCAACUGGCCAUAAAUCCAGUGCAACGGGGCAAUCAUCAUCUUCGGGUGCUUCAGCUUCGCAAAAAAAGUCAUCUGGUCAAAACGCGGGCGCUGGUGGUGGAGGAGCAGGCGGAGGUACAAAUUCAAGUAACAGCAAAAAGAAGAAACGCAAAGCUCGCGGCCAGAGCAGUUCCCAAGCAAAUGCCCGAGACAAUCGAGAAGAUACUCCACCACCCGAUCCAAUUGAUCCAGAUGAACCGACUUACUGCCUCUGUGAUCAGAUUUCUUUCGGUGAAAUGAUACUCUGCGAUAAUGACUUGUGUCCAAUUGAGUGGUUCCAUUUCUCGUGCGUAUCUUUGGUAUCGAAACCAAAAGGCAAAUGGUAUUGUCCGAAUUGUAGAGGAGAUCGUCCAAACAUCAUGAAGCCUAAGGCCCAGUUUUUAAAAGAACUCGAACGUUACAACAAAGAAAAAGAAGAAAAAACUUAAUAUUUGUGAAACGGUUUAAAUUUAAGUUUUUUAUUCUUGUACUAAUGGAGUUUUUAUUUCUUUUUUAACUUAAAACAAAGGCUUUCCCUUGUUUUAUUUUUUCUUUCUACUAUGUUUUUCUUUUUUGAAUGGUUUUCUUAUAACAAGCACUUGGUAAAAACUUUUCGUGUUAGUGUAUUUUUUUCUUUUCUUUAUGUUAAAAAAAGGAAAUAUCAGAUGUAAAGAAAAGUUUAUUUAAUGCAAUAAAAACAUUUGUAUUAUAUGUACAGUUUAUGAUAAAAUAAAUAAUAAAUGUUUUAAACAAAA